AUGCCUCUCAAGUACGACCCCGAAUAUUUCAAGGCCUUUGAGCCCCUAAUCCCCAUGCUUGCCGCCCGGCCGAAGCCAGCCGUGCACGACAUCGAAGCUCGCCGUCAAAGCAUGGAGGCGGCCAUUACGCUGUUCAAGGAUGCCAUGCCCGCAGCCCCCGACGUGGAGCGGCAGGAACACAGCAUCACCACACCCGCAGGCGUGACGUUGCCCGUGUUCAGCUUCUUCAAGAAAGGGACGUCUACGUCGUCCGAGACGACGCCCGGCCCGGCCAUCCUGCACUGCCAUGGCGGCGGCAUGAUCUUAGGCUCGGUGAGAAUGUCAUCCCAGGGGAUCGCCUGGGAAGUCCAGCAGACGGGCGUGCCGAUCUUCAGCGUCGAGUACCGCGUGGCCCCGGAGUCGUCGGGCACGAAUCUGGUCGAGGACUGCUACGCCGGCCUGGUCUGGCUGUCGCAGAACGCCGCCUCCUUCAACGUCGACCCUGCCCGCAUUGCCGUCUUUGGAGAAUCCGCGGGCGGAGGCAUCGCCGCAGGCGUGGCCCUCAUGGCGCGCGACAGGAACCUCUCCCCGCCCCUCGCAAAGCAGAUCCUCAUCUACCCCAUGCUCGACGACCGCAAUUGCAUCCCCAACGCGCGCCUCGAGCCGUUCGCGUUCUGGAAAGUCGAGGACAACAUCACCGGCUGGACCGCGCUUCUGGGCGCCGACAAGGCAGGCAAACCCGACGCCGACGUCCCCUACUACUGCGCCCCCGCCCGCGCCAAGUCUCUCGCGGAUCUACCGCCCACGUACAUCGACACAGGCGGCUUGGAUAUCUUCCGUGACGAGGACAUUGAGUACGCCAGGAGGCUCGCGCUGGAGGAUAUCGAGGUGGAAUUCCAUCUAUACCCGGGCGUGCCCCAUGCCUUUGAGAUCUUUGCGCCAAAUGCAACCGUGACGAAACGAGCAUUUGAACACAGGUUUAAGAGCAUGAUGAGCUUUUGA